ACAGAAGCCCCCGCCAUUACCACCACCCUUCCCUUCCGAAUCCUCUGUCCCUGCGUGCGUGGCACACAAAGCGCACGGCCAUUACCAGAAACCCAGCUCCGCCCCUGCUCGGUUCCAUUCCAAGAAGCAAGAAGCAAAGGGAGGAGGAGGAAGCAGAGACGACUCAGACUGCAAUGGGGGAGCCGGAGAUGGACGCGGGCGGCGCCGGGUGGCUGUCGUGGCGAGCGGCGGCGGUGGCCGUGGUGGCGUGGCUGGCGCUGCACGUGGCGGCGCGCGUGGCGGACGCGCUGUGGUGGCGGCCCCGUCGCCUGGAGGCGCACUUCGCGGCGCAGGGCGUUCGAGGCCCGCCGUACCGGUUCCUGCUGGGGUCCGUGAAGGAGAUGGUGGGGCUCAUGGCGGAGGCCUCGUCCAAGCCCAUGUCGCCGCCAACCUCCCACAACGCGCUGCCCCGCGUGCUCGCCUUCUACCACUACUGGCGGAAGAUCUACGGGCCGACCUUCUUGAUCUGGUUCGGGCCGACGCCGCGCCUGACGGUGGCGGAGCCGGAGCUGGUCCGCGAGAUCUUCCUCACGCGCGCGGAGGCGUUCGACCGCUACGAGGCGCACCCCGUCGUGCGCCAGCUCGAGGGCGACGGCCUCGUCAGCCUCCACGGCGACAAGUGGGCGCUCCACCGCCGCGUCCUCACCGACGCCUUCUACCCGGACAACAUCAACCGGCUGGUGCCCCACGUCGGCAGGUCGGUGGCGGCGCUGGCGGAGAAGUGGCGCGCCAUGGCGGCCGCCGCCGCGAGCGGCGAGGUGGAGGUGGACGUCGCGGAGUGGUUCCAGGCGGUCACCGAGGAGGCCAUCACGCGCGCCACCUUCGGCCGGAGCUACGACGACGGCCGCGUCGUGUUCGCCAUGCAGGGCCGCCUCAUGGCCUACGCCUCCGAGGCCUUCCGCAAGGUCCUCGUCCCCGGCUACCGGUUCUUGCCCACCAAGAAGAACUGGCAGUCGUGGAAGCUGGACAGGGAGAUACGGCGGAGCCUGACCCGUCUCAUCGCCCGGCGCAGCGACGAGGCCGAGGCCGAGGAGAAAGAGGAGGUUCAGGCGGCCAGCAGCCACUCCGGCGGCGCCUUCCGCGACCUUCUCGGCGCCAUGAUCAAUGCCGGCGAGAGGAAGAAGACCCCAACAGCGAUCCCGGUGGCGGACAUGCUGGAGGAAUGCAAGACGUUCUUCUUCGCCGGGAAGCAGACGACGACGAACCUCCUGGCCUGGGCCACCGUGCUCCUGGCCAUGCACCCGGAGUGGCAGGAGCGCGCCCGCCGCGAGGUCCUCGACGUCUGCGGCCCCGACGAGCUCCCCUCCAAGGAGCACCUCCCGAAGCUCAAGACGCUGGGCAUGAUCAUCAACGAGACGCUCCGCCUCUACCCGCCGGCGGUGGCGACGAUCCGGCGCGCCAAGACGGACGUCCGGCUCUCCGACGGGUGCCUGGUCCCGCGGGACACGGAGCUGCUCAUCCCGAUCAUGGCGAUCCACCACGACGCCAGGUUCUGGGGCCCCGACGCGACGCAGUUCAACCCGGCCAGGUUCGCCGGCGGCACGGCGAGGGCGGCGAAGCACCCGCUGGCGUUCGUCCCGUUCGGGCUGGGCUCCCGGAUGUGCAUCGGCCAGAACCUGGCGCGCCUUGAGGCCAAGCUCACCAUGGCCGUCCUGCUGCAGCGGUUCGAGAUGAAGGCGUCCCCGAACUACGUCCACGCGCCGACGGUGCUGAUGCUCCUCUACCCGCAGUACGGAGCGCCGGUGAUCUUCCGGCCACGAGGACCGCCGGCAGCCUCAUCAUAGCGCAGAUGGCAGAUGCUUCUUCUUCGCCUGUCUGUCGCGGGCAAGCAAGCCCCACAUUCUUUUGUCGCGAAAUUGGGCGGAAAAAUGCCUGCCGCAGCCCGCAGGUGUGUGUGUCUGCCGGGUGGCCGGACGAAAACCGUAGGACAUGUGCAGAAUGACCGAAAUACCCCUCUCCGCUGUGUAUAUGCAACAACAAGUGAUACUAGAAGCCAAGAAGCACUAACUUUUUGUCCUAGCCUGCCUCGGGGCCUACCCAGGUUGCCCGGAAAUGCCCUCGUUAACAGACCGGAUCAGGCCCAGCCUUUUCUUUUAAGAUUUGAUGACAAGCACAAUGAGAGGGGGAGGCCGGAGUACCGGACCCACACUCCUCCCCUGUUUUGUUCCUUGCCCCCGUCGUGGCGUCUGGUGUAUGUAUUUGUAUAGAGGUUUCUUAUUCCAUCUUCUUUUAGUAGAGACGAAAAUGCAAUGAAAAAAGAGAUUCAGAUGGCAGAGUAA